AUGGCUGCACAACAACAAGAACUAGAUGAGAAGAACCCAUUCUAUGAGUUAGUUGUCAUUUGUAGUACUUCUGGUCAAUUUGACCAAACCGUCAAUUCGUUCAAAGAUAUUAUAAAGAAGUCUAAGUUAGUAUGUAUAAAAGACUCUGAGUUGUUAGAUUGGAUAAAGAAGUACCAAAGAAGAGUUUUGAAGUACAAUGCUAUAAAUGAGUAUAUAAAUUCGAAGUUUAAAGACCCAAAUGAGGAAAUGCAGAGAAUAUUAGAGAAGAAACACUUCAGAAACAAACAGAAAGAGAUAGAAUACAUUUCGAAGAAAUUGCAAUCUUACGAUUGGAAGACUUACCCUCAUAGAUGUCUUCUUAUCUUAGAUGAUUUCGCCUCUCAUCCUUUGUUAAAGAAUAGAGAACAAGACAUGUGUCGAAUUCUUAAGAAGCUCAGACACUUUAACAUCUCUGUUGUCAUUUGUGUACAGACAGCCAAGAGUUUAAGUAAGGAUGUAAAGAGAAUACUUACUGACAUUGUACUUUUCCCCGGAUUGUCCGAAGACGAUUUCAUGGAACUUAUGAAAGAGUCCAUGGCAGGUAAGUUUGACAGACAUGAACUAUGGGAGAAGUACAAAGUCAUACAAGACCCUCAUACUUCUUUCAGAAUUCACAUCUACGCAAACAAAGUUCAAAUUGUAAAAAGUCAAGCUUGA